AUGGCGAGCAAGCGUCUAGACGCUGUCAAGUUGGCCAAGAGCUCCCGUUGGGACGAGUUACGACGUCUUGUUGAGGUCGAGCCGGCCACUGCCCAGCAAGUGGAUUCAUACGGGAUGUUACCACUUCAUUGGGCAUGUACGGAACCGCAGUCCAUUAGUGAAAGUGUUCUCUUAGCGUUACUUAAGGCCUUUCCAUUGGGGGCCCGGGCGUUCAAUACGGCCGAAAUGUUACCACUUCAAAUUGCAAUUAAGGCCCAGGCACGGAUUGAAUGGCUACAGGCGUUAUUAGCGUCGUAUCCCGAUGCCGUCCUCAAGAAGUCACCAAAUGGAGAAACGGCAUUACAAUUGGCACGGACAGCAAAAUUGCCUCCUCGUAGUAUGAAACUAUUGGAAGAAAUGUAUCAUCAUGUCUGUACAAAAGAAGGACUGCCGGAUCAGUUGGCAAUGGAAAAAGCACAAGAAGAAGCAGAAGAAGCAGAAGAAGAGGGACAAAAGUACAAGAAGAAAAUCAUCAUCAUUUGA